AUUUAUUAGAACGGUCAUGGUGACACUUCUUGGUCUCUGUUCCAGCAUGGGACUCUUGUCCAGAAUAUCUCCCACACCGGCUAGCUGUGUCAUGGUGUUGUUUCUAGUGAAACAGGCCAAAGGAUCUCUGCUGGAAAAAACCACUGCUGAAUGGAACAAAUAUAAACAAGAAUGCUUGAAAAUGCUGCAAGAAUCAACUGUAGAUACAGGAACACAUUGUAAUGGGACAUUUGAUCAGUUUGUUUGCUGGCCUUACUCACCCCCAGGAAAUGUCUCCGUUCCUUGUCCUUCAUAUUUGCCAUGGUUGGAAAAUGGAAGUGUAGGAAAUGUAUACAGAGUCUGCUUGGAUGAAGGGACUUGGCAAACAAAGGAAAACUCCACAGACAUUUGGCGUGAUAGUUCAGAAUGUUUUGAGAAAAAUCAUUUCAAAAAAAAUGAAGAAGAACAUAAAUUACUUACCACAUUACAGCUGUUGUACACUAUAGGAUAUUAUUUUUCUCUCACCUCACUUGUAUUAGCUCUCCUUAUACUUUCUUUACUCAGAAAACUUCACUGCACAAGAAACUACAUCCAUAUGAACUUAUUUGCAUCUUUUAUCUUGCGCGCCACAGCAGUUCUUAUAAAAGACACUGUAUACUACAAUAUUUACUCCAAAAGACCAAAUGAUGAAACUGGAUGGAUAUUAUACCUCAGUCCUGAGAUUGUAAUCAUUUGCAGGACUGCACAGUUUUUCAUGCAUUACUUUGUUGGGGCAAAUUAUUUUUGGCUAUUAGUAGAAGGAAUUUAUCUGCAUACGUUACUGAUAACUGCUGUGCUUUCCGAAAGACGACUGCUACAGACAUAUAUUGUGAUAGGAUGGGUUGUACCUAUCCUGUUUGUUGGCCCUUGGGGAAUAAGCAGAUCAAAACUGGAAAACACAGGGUGCUGGGCAACAAAUGAACACAUGGGAAUCUGGUGGAUCAUCCGAGGACCAGUGUUGUUCUCCAUUGCAGUUAACUUUGGCAUCUUCCUAAAAAUUCUCAGGAUGCUGAUUUCCAAACUAAAAGCUCAGCAAAUGAGCUUUCAUGACUACAAAUACAGAUUGGCAAGAUCUACACUUGUGCUGAUUCCAUUGUUGGGGAUCCAUGAAUUUAUAUUUACCUUCAUCACUGAUGAACAGGUGGAAGGACUUUCAAGACAUAUAAGAGUUUUCAUUCAGCUGACAAUGAGCUCAUUUCAUGGUUUUUUUGUAGCAGUUUUAUAUUGCUUUGCUAAUGGAGAGGUGAAAGCAGAGCUCCAGAAGCAGUGGUCCCGCUUCCUGCUGGCAGACCCGUUUGGCUGUAAACCCUGCUUUCUUGGGGAAAACAUAAAAUACCUGAGGAAAUGUUCACAGAAACGAAGAAAACAGCACCUCGGCAGCAAACACCACUUGUGCCUGGAGGCAAGCGAGCCCUGGGGCAUGCGGCUCCAGCAGGUGCUAGUUCAGCAGAGGACAGAUCUCAGCCCAGAGCCAGGCUGUGCUCUCCCGUCUCAUCCACGGGCAAGCAUGUCAGACAGCAGCGAAGGAGAAGUCACCACUGGAGAGACAACUGAGGAAGUCUUUGAAGAAAGUGAGAUUUAGAAAGAUGUCCACUACGACAGCACUUUCCAAAAGCCACAUAUUUUGAAAGAUCUUCUCUCACCUCCAGACUGUACAGAUCUCUGGGAUGUGCAAUGCAAGGAGGAAGCAGUUAAUAUCCCAAUUGUCCCAGUUUUCUUAAUCUGAGAAAAAUGUUGAUCUGGAUGUUGCUAACCUGUGUGGCUGGGGUAGAAGAGGUUUGCUGGAUCAAAAAAUGCUUUGAGUUGACCAGUCUGGAAGAUAACUGAUACUGAAAGAGAUGUACACAGGGGAGCAGGAUGUACUUUGGAAAUGAGUAGACUUUGGACACACAUGUUGUGUCCCAGUAGCUUUAUCCAUGCUUGACUGCCAUUCUACUCACAUAAUAGAGAAAUUGUUUGUUUUUCCCUUUCAUAGGUGUGUUUCAUAAAUAGACAUAUGUGUGUAGAAGACUCUUCUCUCAGCAGACCAGAAUCAUCCCCCAUCUCAAAAAAAACAGUUUCAGGCCAAACCAGACAAUUUUUGUUUAAGCAAAACAAAAGGA